AUGACCGUCGAUGCCUCAUUGCAGCGUGACAUACGCUCGCUGCUACAAGAACGUAACUCUUUGAAGGCGUCGAUCCGUAGAAUUUCGGCGCAAAUCGACAGUGAUGCACCGUCAACGCUGCUAUCGAUCAAAUCCGCUGCAGAAUCAUCGCCAAAUGGGAAACGUAAGUUCAAGGAUUCUAUGGAGGUGGAUGUUGAGGAGCCUGAGAAGAGACCAAAACUUGGUUCCGCUGUUGAGCACGUUGAAGCACAACGCCGAUUGGUGAGAUCAAGUUUGCUUGGUUAUCUACAGCGCGCUAAAGAUGCGCUUACCAAGGAGCAAGAGAAGGAGAACGUGAUAAAACACCAAGAAAAGGAACAACUUAUUGCUUCAAAGUUGGCAGAUCAAGAGAGAGAGAAACUGGAGAAGAUUUCUGCUGAACUGCGGAAUAAACUAUUAGCUGAAGAAGAACGUCUACGUGUAGUGGAAUCAAAUCUUUCCGAGAAACAUAACGAACUGGUGGUAGUUGUAUGGUGUCAUUUGGACAACAAUAUCAUGCAGAAAUCAUCUUUAACACGACACUACGAAUACAUGUCAAAUUUUAUCGCUACCAAGACACAACCAACCAUAUUUUGGCUACCACGGAAUUUUAAUACAGAACUGGAAUCUCUACGUGAAUGUACACGCCAGUUCAUCGCACAAAAGGUGGCUGCUAUCGCAUCAACUGAUUAUGGUACUAUGAAAAGGGACACGAGUAAUGGUGAUUAA